UUUGGGUAAAGGCGCGUUUAGCAAAUCCGAAGGCCCAGCCCAUACAAAGACCCAGUUUAUUAAUAUAUACGCCCGAGGGUUUUCAUUUAGGGUUUCCAGAGCAAACCGAAGCAGCUGCGCAAAUGGGUCCAAAGAAGGGUGGAAAAGCUCCAGUUGCUGCUUCUAAGAAGAAGCCGGAGAAGGUGGUGAACCCACUUUUCGAGAAGCGGCCGAAGCAGUUUGGGAUCGGAGGGGCGUUGCCACCCAAGAGGGAUCUGACCCGUUUCGUUAAAUGGCCCAAGGCUGUUCAGAUUCAGAGGAAGAAAAGGAUCCUCAAGCAGAGGUUGAAGGUUCCUCCAGCUCUGAACCAGUUCACCAAGACCCUCGACAAAAACCUCGCUACAAGUCUGUUCAAGAUGCUUUUGAAGUACAGGCCUGAGGACAAAGCAGAGAAGAAGGAGCGUCUUUUGAAAAGGGCACAGGCAGAAACUGAAGGAAAAACUGUUGAAGCCAAGAAGCCUAUUGUUGUGAAAUAUGGUCUCAACCAUGUCACCUACCUCAUUGAGCAGAAUAAGGCUCAACUAGUAGUUAUUGCUCAUGAUGUGGAUCCGAUAGAGUUGGUUGUCUGGCUCCCUGCCUUGUGCAGGAAGAUGGAAAUCCCUUACUGCAUUGUGAAGGGCAAAGCACGCUUGGGAGCGAUCGUCCAUAAGAAAACUGCUUCGGUUUUGUGCCUGACAACGGUCAAGAAUGAAGAUAAGAUGGAGUUCAGCAAGGUUUUGGAAGCAAUAAAGGCUAACUUCAAUGACAAGUAUGAGGAAUACAGGAAAAAGUGGGGUGGUGGCAUCAUGGGUUCCAAAUCCCAGGCCAAAACUAAGGCAAAGGAAAGGCUCCUCGCAAAAGAAGCCGCCCAAAGAAUGACUUAAUUUUCGUUCUCCGUGUAUUUUGUUUCACUUAGAUUAUGCUACUAGAAUUUUGUGAUUGUUAAAGUUUAUUCAUAUCAACAACAGAGGUUUUGUUUCCCUUUUUUAAAUGCAGCUUUUGUUUUAAACAAAAUCAGUUAAUUGCGUUCAACCUCUGAUGUUCGUGUUUAGACUGAAUGGACAUGUUUUGGCCA